AUGUCCAACCCAACCGUCCAACUCACCUUCACGCUGCGCACCUCUCCCAAUGUCCGCACCGUGCACCUGCUGGGAUCCUGGGACGGCUACAAAUCGCAACUGCCCCUCUCGGCCGUCAAGGACGCCUCGGCGAAACCGGGCUCCUGGAAGGGGACCUUCCGCUUCCAGGGUUCGCACGCACUCAAACUCGGCUCCCGCUACUGGUACUACUACAUCGUCGACGGCUACCACGUCUCGCACGACCCGGCCAAAGAAUACACGACCGAGAAGACCACGGGCCGCAAGCUGAACAUCCUCGACGUGCCCGGCGGCGGCAAAUCUUCCUCGGGCGGUGACAAACCAUCACGGCCCAGCGUCCAGACGCAUGAUUUACCCUCGGGCAAUCGCCACAGCCGCGAGGUGCCCCACGGGCGCGGCCUGUCGCCCAGCAAGAUCGUGCACCCCAAGCCCAGCAAGCCGUACGAAUCGCGCCACCUGCGCGAGGCCGACUACGACCGAUCGCCCGUCGACGAGAUCGAGGAACGCUUCGCGGCCACGCGCAUCUCGGACCGCCACGGCACGGGCGGCGGCCGCCAUGAUACCAAGUACUCGUCCAGCCCGUCGGAGUUGUCGGAGGACAGCUCGUCGAGCGGCGGCGCGUUCUCGCGCAGCAGUCCCAGCAGCUUGAGCAGUUUGAGUGAUCGCAGUUGCCGGUGCGAGCGGUACGGGGUCACGCGGAGUGGGCAGCGGGUCAAGCUUGACUGUGGGGGGAAGAAGUGCGGGUACUCGGGGAGUAGUAGUGAGUGCUCGAGUGAGAGUAGUGACAGCGAGGAGGAGAGGAGACAGGCGCUUAAGGAGAGGGAGAGGGACGCGGCGACGAGGAGGAAGGCGGAGGGAGGGGGUGCAGGGAGGCAUGCUAGUGUGGCGGAGCCGAGGUAUGUGGAGAGGAGGCCAAGGAGAUGA